AGUCACAGCCAGGUAACCCUGCAGUGAGGCUGUUUAGUUAGAAGGGGGAAGUUAAACUGCAACGUUCACCCCGAGGUCCUUAAAGCAGCCAGCCAUUGCCCACAGACCUCAGAAGACCUCUUCUUGCCGCAAAUGGAAUCCAGAGAAGCCACUGCGAAAGAAAACAUGGGAAGCAAGAGAAAGAAUUUGACCUUCUUGAGGUCCAGGCUAUAUAUGCUGGAGAGAAGGAAGACUGAUACUGUGGUGGAGAGCAGUGUUUCUGGGGACCACUCUGGCGCCUUGAGGAGGAGCCAGUCUGACAGGACCGAAUACAACCAGAAACUACAAGAAAAGAUGACUCCGCUGGUGGAGUGCUCCUCAGCUGAGACUCCAACCCCAGAAGCAGAGCAUCAGAUGGGGAGGAUGAUGGCAAAGCGGGCAAAAAUCAUCAAGGAGCUGAUACAGACGGAGAGGGAUUACGUCAAUGAUUUGGAGCUCUGCGUUAGGGAAGUGGUCCAACCCCUGAGAAACAAACAGAUUGACAGGCUGGACGUGGAGAGCUUGUUUAGCAACAUUGAGUCUGUGCAUCAGAUAUCAGCCAAGCUGCUGUCCUUGUUGGAAGAGGCCACAAUCGACGUGGAACCGGCCGUGCAAGUAAUCGGAGAGGUAUUCUUGCAGAUUAAAGGACAUCUGGAAGAUAUUUAUAAAAUCUACUGCUAUCACCAUGACGAAGCGCACAGUGUCCUGGAGUCCUAUGAAAAGGAAGACGAGCUGAAGCAACAUCUGAGCCACUGCAUCCAGUCCUUAAAGAAAAUAUACAUGCAAGAAGGCAAACCAAACCUACUGGACAUGGGCUCUUUGAUGAUCAAACCAAUUCAGCGCGUGAUGAAAUACCCCUUACUACUGUGUGAACUUCGGAACUCAACCCCUCCCUCUCACCCAGAUUACAGAGCACUGGAGGAAGCCUUUGCUGCUGUGAAGGACAUUAAUGUUAACAUCAAUGAACUGAAAAGAAGGAAAGACCUAGUUCUGAAAUAUAAGAAGAAUGAUGAGGAUGAAUCGCUUAAAGAAAAAUUGUCGAAACUAAAUAUUCAUUCAAUUAGCAAGAAGUCAAAACGAGUGACAAAUCAUCUAAAGAUUUUGACCAGAGGAGACUCACAGGUGAAAGACAGUACCUUUAACAAAGAAGAAAAGCUAUUUAGAUCUUUAGAAAAGACUGUGAGGCACUGUGUGAAGAACAUUUCAUCCUGUCUUCAACACAUACAGGAUGCCAUGCCCUUUGCUCUGCAGAGUGUAACAGGACUUCAUGAGAUUUCAUACAAGGAUGAAGAGAAGAACUACAUAGGAACCCCAAGUAAUGCCUCAAAUCCCUGUCAAGACUUUGUAGCUCACUUGCAGAAACUCGUUCUGACUCCUCUGUCAGCCUUGCUGUCCUUAUUCCCAGGACCUCAGAAGCUCAUUCAGAAACGCUAUGACAAACUGCUGGACUAUAACAGCUAUCUACAGCGGUCAGCAGCAGAUGAGUCAGACUUGGCCAAAAGGGAGUAUGAGGCCCUCAAUGCCCAGCUUGUGGAAGAGCUCCAGGCUUUCAACCAGGCUGCCCGGAAGAUCCUGUUGAACUGUCUGUGCAGUUUCAUUACCCUCCUCCGGGACCUGAUGCUGGUGGCACAGCAGACUUAUUCCACAGUCAAGCCGGUGCCGCUGCUGGUCUUAAGGAUCUCUGAGAUUCAGAAUCAAGUGCUAGAAGAGGUUCAAAAUCUGAAUUUUGUAAAGGAUAAUAGUGCCACCUUUAUUGAGAGGAAACUUAGCUUUGAAAAGAAGAAACCUAUGCAGACACUGCCAGAAGUGCCACGUCAAACUGACAUUCACCGCUCCAAACUUCUGUCCACAUAUGGUGCAGAGGAACUGUACCAAGCUAAGCGCAAGUGCAAUGCCACCCAAGAACAUGACAUCAAUCUUCUGGGAGGAGAGUUAGUGGCUGUGGUGGAACAGAAAGAUCCACUUGGGAGUACAAGCAGGUGGCUUGUGGACACAGGGAUUGUGAAAGGAUAUGUGUAUUCCUCCUUCCUGAAACCCUACAAUCCAGCAAAAGUGCAGGGGAUGGAUGCUGAGAACAGGUUCUGUGAUGAUGAUUCCGACAUCAGCCUCUUUGUAUCUUCACGGCCAGCUGGGGACAGUGUCACAGGCACUCCUGAAGGCAGCAUAAGUGACAGCAGCUCAUCUCUUAGUGGCACUUGUGGCAAGUUUGAAACAAACGGUGCUGAUAUUGAUAAUAUUCAAGAGGUAGAUGAACAGAUUUUCUAUGCAGUCCACGCUUUCCAAGCACGGAGUGAUCAUGAGCUCAGCCUUCAGGAGUAUCAGAGAGUUCAGAUACUUAGAUUUUGUGAUCUAAGUGGAAACAAAGAGUGGUGGUUGGCUGAAGCUCAAGGGCAGAAAGGCUAUGUGCCAGCGAACUACCUUGGGAAGAUGACAUACGCUUAAGAAAAAAGUCCUUGACCUUCACUUCCUGGCAAGUUGCAGACUGUCUACCUCAUAAAUCUGACACUCUGAAACUUUGGACCACAAAGCAAGAAAACUCUCAACUGUAUGAAAUUAAUACUGUAUCUGGUUUUAAGGAAAACUGUGCUUCCUAACACGAUUAUUUAACAGAUGUGUAAAGACCAAAUGUUUAUGGAAAUACUAAGCCAACAGAAACACAAAAGAAAACAGCCCAGGCUCUAGCUACAUACUUAAAUGCAGAGGUCUUCUGAAAAUAUAAAUGUUCUUUUAUCAUCAUCAAAGAGUGGACUGAAGAAUAAGGUUUUUUUAAGUUACUAUAAUUUUUUU